GUUUUCAUAAUAUUGUUUUAAACGCUUCUGAUAAAUAAUUACUGGACGAAUAAACAAUUUAAUGCGCAUUCGCCGGUGCCGGUAGCAACAAAUAAAGUAAUUAUUCCUAGACUCAAGUUCACGGUUCAGGGUUUAAUUGAGUCGAGUACCUAUUUUGAUUUUGCCGGUCGCAGUACUACGGGAAAAAUGGGUCUUCUGCUUCGUGGAUUUGUCGGUGUUAUUGUGGCAAUUUUAGGAUACGGGUUAUAUGUUCGAAUAAGUACCGUUCCUGAGGUUCCAAUUUAUCCAGAAAAUACUUGGUGGGGUAAAGGAGAGCACGGUAAAGAUGAUACCAGUAUAAGGCCGUUCAAAAUUGAUGUGUCUAAAGAGGUUUUAGAUGAUUUGAAACACAGAUUGGAUAUUGCUUUACCUUUGCAACCACCCCUGGAGGGCGUGAAACAACAUUACGGCAUGAACUCGAAUCUAUUGCAAAAAAUCAUAGAUCAUUGGAAAACCAAUUAUAAUUGGUCUGAAAGGCAAAAGUUCUUAAAUCAAUACCCUCAAUACACCACUCAAAUCCAAGGACUCAACAUACAUUUCAUCCACGUGAAACCCAAAGUGGACAAAUCUUCAAAUGUUAAAAUACUUCCUUUGAUGUUACUCCACGGAUGGCCUGGUUCAGUGAGAGAGUUUUACGAAAUGAUCCCGUUGCUAACUCAACCGCAAAAUGGAAGAAAAGUCGUAUUCGAAGUCAUCAUUCCAAGUUUGCCAGGAUAUGGAUUUUCAGAGGCUACUGACAAACCUGGAAUGAAUUGUGUCAGGAUGGCACAGAUUUUUAGAAAGCUUAUGCAAAGAUUGGGACACAAUAAAUUCUACAUCCAGGGCGGUGAUUGGGGUAGCUUCAUUUCAACUUUUCUAACCAUAAUGUAUCCGGAAAGUGUCAUAGGGUCCCACCUGAAUUUGUGCUCGUGUUCCACGACCAUGUGUAGUUUGAAACUCUUGCUCCUGGGCACAACAUUCCCGUCAUUGAUAGGCACAGAAGAAGAACUACCUCUGUUCACUCCAGUUGGAAAAAUGUUCACAAAUUUGCUGUUGGAAAGUGGAUAUUUUCACAUCCAGGCCACUAAGCCAGAUACCGUCGGCACGGCUUUAAGGGAAAGUCCUGUGGGUCUUGCGGCUUACAUCAUAGAAAAAUUCACCAGUUGGACUAAUCCAGAAUGGAAAGAUCUUGAAGAUGGAGGACUUACCCGGAAAUUCACUUAUGACCAACUAUUGGACAAUGUCAUGAUUUACUGGAUCACUAGGUCUAUUACCACAUCUCAAAGGCUUUACUCAGAAAUGUUUAACAAAGAAAUGUUAGGUCAAGGAUUUGAUAAUAUUCCAACACCAUCCCAAGUUCCGAUAGCUUGUGCCAGAUUCAAAAACGAGCUCGCCAACCAGCCGGAAUCGUUGCUGAGAAUGAAAUAUUCGAAUUUGCAGCAAUUGAAUACGUACGAUGGCGGUCAUUUUGCUGCCUUCGAACUUCCUGAAGUGCUCUCCAACGAUAUUUAUGAUUUUGCUGAAAAAGUAUCUGUAUGA